ACGAAAUAAACUGAUGAAAAGGAAAAAAAAAAAAUUGGUAGAGAGAGGAGAGAGAGACGCCAAGCUGUAUCCCCAAGGCAGGCAGGCAGGCAGCAGACAGUGGAGAGAGAUUGGAAAGAAAGGAAAUUUCACAUCUUUUUUCUUCUUCUCUCCAUUUCCUGAUUCUCUCUCUCUCUCUCUCUCUCUGCCCAUCAUCCUCUUCCUGUAAAUUGUAAAACCCCCCUCUCCUCCUCCCCGCAUUCAUUCUUUGCUUCACCAUUUUAAAAUCACGAGAUCCCCAUCUGGUUUCCCUUUUCCUUUCUAUUUCUUACAUGACUUCUUCAACUCCUUUUCCUUUCCAUUCUACUACUACUACUAGGUGGUGGCCUUGUACUUUUAGCGGCAGACAUUGUUGAGAAGAGGCGGUGGGUGGGUGGGUGGGGGACGGAGAAGAAGAAGAAGAAGAAAGAAAGAAAAAACAUUCAUUUACAAAGAUACAAGUCAAUCAAGACUCACCCACCAUCUAUCUCUGUUUAAUAAAAUGUCGCAAUCUGAAAAACCCAUUUCCGACUUAGGUUUAAAUGAAAUGACAGAUAGAUUAACCUCCGACAAGAACGAUAACAAGCCGGAUUUCAGGAAACUAGAUCUGGGUUCGCCUGUUUCUCCCUUGUUCAACAGACAGAGACCACUACUCACUACUACAACCAGCAGUAGUUCCAGCUCUUCCGGAUCCGUCUCCGCUCAAAAUGCACCUUCUCAGCCGCCCAGGAAAUCCAAUUCCGGAGAUCUCUCUGGGUUAUUAGAUAGCUUGCCCACCGUCGGAUCAUCACGGGGGGGACGUAAAGGGCAUGUCAGGUCCAACUCAGCCAGUUCUUAUCCAUUGAUCUAUUCCGGUGGAAGUUCUGCCACUUCUUCACCGAUCAAUGCGCUUCCCACUGGCAAUAUUUGUCCGUCGGGGAGGAUUUUGAAGACCGGAAUGGCUAGUCGCAGUUCGAAGACAGAUGUUCUGGGUACUGGAUCGGGCAAUUACGGCCACGGAAGCAUAAUCCGUGGUGGCGUCCAAACUGAGGGAGUGACUAACUUGAGAGCAUCUUACAGCGUUGGGGAUCAGAAAAAGAGGGUGACGUCUGUUCACGACGCGGAUGAACUUAAACAGGCGGGUAACCAACAGUAUAGGCAUGGGCAUUUGAUUGAAGCUCUGGGUUUGUAUGAUCAGGCAAUUUCAAUGUCUCCUGGAAAUGCUACUUACAGAUUCAACAAGGCUGUGGCCUUGAUUGGUCUCAACAGGCUGUUUCAGGCGGUGAAAGAAUUGGAGGAGGCCAUUAAGUUAGAUGCUGGAUACGGCAAGGCACAUCAUCGAUUGGGAUCUCUUCUUCUUCGCCUAGGGCAGGUGGAAAGUGCAAAAAGACACCUCUGCAUUCAAGGAGGACAGAAACCAGACGUGAAUGACAUGAAGAAGAUACAAGCCUUGGAGAUGCACUUGAACAAAUGUACCGAUGCUCGUAAGGUUAGCGAUUGGAAAACCCUACUCAAGGAAUGUGAUGCUGCCAUUGCAGCCGGAGCUGAUGCUUGUACUCAGCUAUAUGCAUGUAAAGCGGAAGCCUUACUGAAGCUUCACUUGCUCGACGAUGCCAAUGCAAACUUACCAAAUAUUUCAAACUUUGACUCAUCCUCCAUGACCCAGUCCACAUUUUUUGGGAUGUUUGCUGAAGCAUAUGUUCAUUUUGUGCGAGCCCAAGUUGAAAUGGCAUUUGGAAGGUUUGAGGAUGCAGUUAAAGAGGCGGAAAAGGCAGGACAGAUAGAUCCUAGAAAUGUUGAAGUUUCUGUUCUUGUGACGAAUGUGAGGCUAGUUUCAAGAGCUCGCACCCGUGGAAAUAAUCUAUUCAAGUCGGAAAGGUUCACUGAAGCUUGCGCUGCUUAUGGUGAAGGACUUAAGCAUGAUUCUUCUAACUCUAUUCUCUAUUGCAACCGAGCUGCUUGUUGGUUUAAGCUUGGAAUGUGGGAGCGAUCGGUUGAUGAUUGCAGUCAAGCCCUUUCCAUUCAACCCAACUACACUAAGGCCCUUCUGAGAAGAGCAGCUUCUAACAGCAAGCUUGAACGGUGGGGUGAAGCUGUGAAAGAUUACGAAGUUCUGAGGAAGGAUCUUCCAGAUGACAGUGAAGUAGCAGAGUCUUUGUUCCAUGCCCAAGUUGCUUUCAAGAAAUCCCGUGGGGAGGAAGUUCAUAAUCUAAAAUUUGGUGGAGAAGUUGAACUCGUAUCUAGCCUCGAACAUUUCAAGGCUGCUGUUUCCUUACCAGGUGUUUCUGUGGUUCAUUUCAAGAUGGAAACCAAUCAAAACUGCAGCCAAAUAUCUCACUUUCUCGACACAUUAUCUGGACGCCACCCUUCCAUAAAUUUUCUCAAGGUUGAUAUUGAGGAAACACCGACUGUGGGAGCGAUUGAAAAGGUGAGUAUAGUGCCAACGGUGAAGAUUUACAAAAAUGGCAUUCGGGUGAAGGAAAUGGUAUGCCCAAGCCCAGAGUUUUUGGAUUCGUCAGUGAGGCAUUACAGUUGCUGAAUUGGAAUGGAAUUAAAAUGUCACUACUAGCUUUGCAUUGCAUUGGAUCCAUCCAUCCAUCUUCUUCUUCUUCUUGCUGGUAUUGAAUCUUGAUGUUGAGCUCUUCUAUCUAUAUAUGUUCCCUCCCAACACCAUUACAGAAAAUGGAGGGAUUUUCAAAUAAAAUACCAAAUAGGCGUUGUCUGAGAGACCCAUUUUGCAGUUCCCAUUAUAUUUAUUCGUUCAUCUUCCAAAUUGUUUAAGUAGUAUUCCCUGCUCAUCAACUUCCUCCCCCGCUUUCUUCGUUUCUCCAUUAUCUGUUUCGUCUAGGAAAUGCAUGGAAUAUAGAGAUAGUUAGAGAAUGAGAGGUGGUUUUUAGAGGAGGGGAUGUAAAGAAGAAGAAGAUGAUGAAGAGGAGGAAGAACAUUAUAGUUUGUUUUCAUUCUAUUCUACUGCACAACACAACAAAGUACAAUCUUUCACCAUUCUUUUUCUUCUGAAAAGUCAAUUAUAUUAUUAUUAGAGCAUUUCA